AUGGCCUCUAAGAAGAUUCAAACCAUUCAUGCGGGGAAAGGGAAAAGCGUGAGCGCCUCCUUCUCAAGCGGAGAUUCAGCUAGGGUCAUCACCAGGAGCAAGGCCAAGGCAAUAUCCGCAACUCCACAGGUAACUUCCAUACCGACUCAAGCCAAGGCAAAAGACGUGAACCGAAGGCGUGAACCAGUUAUCAAUCUGGCCUCCUUAGGGGCAAAGAAGAAUAUCUCCUGGGCGAAUGAGAGAAACUCUCGGAACGAAUAA